AUGUCUUCUCGCGCUUCUGCCAAAUCACCCACUCCAGGAUCCUCAUCCUCUUCGCGCAACCAGCCUCAGAGCCUCGCGCAGGAGCCCGCCAACACUAAGGACUUCGACAUGCCGGACCUCAAGUACGACUCCGAUGGAGAUGGCUCUUUCACCAAGGAAAGCUACGAUAAGCUCCGACGCAUAAUCCAGAAACAAGAAGCCGAGACAAAAGACAUACAGAAAAUCGUCAACGAAAACCGACAAGCAAUAGAAAACCUCAACAAGCAACUCCAGCACGCUAGACAGGCCUACAAGAAGCUAGAAGAAGACAUCAAGGGGGACGCCAACCUCCGGAAGAUCCAGGAACUCCAGGGGGAAAUCACCACCCUCCGGGCCGCCGCCAACAUCGUCACCACGCCCGUCCACGGAGGACGACAAAAGCUCAAGCUCAGUACGCCUGUCACCUACGACGGAACCCCCGGGACCCUCAAAGGAUUCCUAAUUCAGGUCAAAAAUUACCAGAACUUUCACCAUGGAGAUUUCACCAACGAAACCGAAAAAGUAGUACACGCAGCCACCUACCUCCGAGGAAAGGCCCUCAAGUGGUUUAAACCAAUCCAGGAAGAAUACCUUAAAUGCGAGACCCUCGACGAGUGCACCACCGAGACCCGCGACAUCUACGCCAAUUUUAAAGGAUUCGAGGAUACGCUCAGGUCACUCUUCCAAGACCCCGACGAAAAGCGACAAGCCGAACGAGAUCUGGCACAACUUAAGCAGACUAAGUCCGCCAAAGACUACUCCGCCAAUUUCCGACAACUUAGCGUUCAACUCGACCUCACCGAGGAAACCAAGAUCUUCAUAUUCUAUCAAGGACUAAAAGACGAAGUCAAGGACGAGAUCAUCAAGAUUGAUCGACCUGACGACUUUCUCCAGUACGCCGAACUCGCCAUCAAAAUCGACAACCGGCUUUUCGAACGACGAAAGGAAAGAAGCGAAAAACGACAAAACCCCAACUCAGGACGCAAGUACCAGUGGCAGCCUCAGCACCAGUUCAACAACCAGCGAAACGACAAUAGACCCCGCAACAACUAG